UGCGAGAGGGGAGAGGAGAAGAAGGGGGAUCGGAUCCGUGUCUGUCCUGCUGGCUGUUGGGCGAGAGCUGGCCUCGGCCCGGCUCUGAGGACAUGGGCCUCUGCGUGGCAGGUCUCGGACUGCUCCUCUGCUGUUUGCCCGCCUCCUCGCAGAAGCUCGACCUUUCGGGACGCAACGUGUGCCAGGACUCCAGGGGCUCUGCUCCAGUCUGCUGCCCAGGGUGGAGGCAGCAGGGAAAGGAAUGCCCCAUACCUGUGUGUGAGGGCGAAAGGGCCUGUGGACAGGAUGAGAUCUGUGUCCAUCCAGGAUUCUGCCGCUGUAAACCUGGAUUCUUUGGCGCUCUCUGCAAGACACGGUGCCCUGCUGAGUUUUGGGGUCCAGACUGCCGCAAGCUCUGCCAGUGCCACCCCCACGGGCGCUGUGACCCCCAGACGGGCGAGUGCACGUGCCUGCCCAACCGCUGGGGGCCCGCCUGCCAAAACGUCUGCAAGUGCGGUCGCCACGGCCACUGCGACCCGCUCCACGGCAACUGCACCUGCGACAAGGGCUGGUGGACGGCCACCUGCAGCCGGGCGUGCCAGUGCCACCCGGAAACGUCCACCUGCGACCCCGAGACGGGCCGCUGCGCGUGCGAGCCGGGUUACUGGGGCCAGAAGUGCAGCCUGAGGUGCGGCUGCUACAUCUCGCCCUGCCAGCAGAUGUCGGGCUCCUGCCAGUGCCUGCGCGGCUGGUGGGGCCCCACCUGCGACCGCCGCUGCAACUGCAACCUGGCGCAUGGCGACUGCGACCCCGUCACCGGGACGUGUCUGUGCCAGCCCGGGUACAAGAGCCCCUUCUGCAACGAGCCCUGCAGCGCCGGUCACUACGGCGACGGAUGCGAGAAAAGGUGUGGGCGCUGUAAGGAGGGACAGCCUUGCUCUGUGGUGGAUGGGUUUUGCGUGGCCUGCGAGCCAGGCUGGAACGGGACACGUUGUGAUCAGACCUGCCCACGCGGUUACUAUGGAAACCUCUGCAAGGAGGUGUGUCCUCACUGCAGGGCUGGGGAGCCAUGUGACCCUGAGACAGGAGUGUGCACACACUGUGACCCAGGUUGGACUGGACCAAGGUGUGACGAGCGCUGCGCGGAGGGCCUGUUCGGGGACGCCUGCCGCUUCCUGUGCGGCCCCUGCUUUCGCGGGCAGUGCGACCACGUGACUGGCAGCUGCGUGUGCCAGCCCGGGUUCGAGGGCGAGAGCUGCAACAGCACGUGUCCGGAUCACACGUUCGGCGUGAACUGCUCCUCCUCGUGCGACUGCGGAGAGCGCGGCUGUGACCCUGCCACCGGAGUGUGCCACUAUGGCAGUCGUGGGGUGCUGAUUGCAGGUCUGCUCGUACCCCUGAUUCUGCUGCUGCUGGGUCUGACCUGCUGCUGCUUCUGCUGUGGAAGUGGAACGGAUGAUGGGAAAGACAGGGUGGCAGUGGAAGACGGGGGCCCUGCUGUUCGAAUGAAGCACCACGUAUAUAAUGCCCUGGCCAACAUGAGCUCUGCCGUGCCCUGCUUGACGCUGGGGUCGUCUGGACUCCCCCGGGUCACAGUUUCUCACCAUGAUCCUGAGCUCACCUUCAACCACAGCUUCAUUGAGCCGCCCUCGUCUGGCUGGGUGACAGACAACUCGUCCUUCGAGAGUGACGAGGGGGAGGCGGUCUACUGUGUGCCCCCCAGGGAGGAUAUCCCUGCGCUGGCGGGAGGGGACUUCCAGGAGAUCAGCUCCAAGUGCAACAUCUUCCCUGACCCCUCGGGGUUCAACAGCGACGAUGUGUCCCAGCCCUUCGCCAUCCCACGGACUUCCAGCAUCGCCAAGUCCAAACGCCCCUCCGUCUCUUUUGCCGAAGGGACAAAGUUCGCCCCGAAAGAGCGGCGAGGCUCCACCCAGGAGGUCCCCAGCACGGCUCGCAAAGCCAAGUCCCCCUGGGGGGUCCUGAUGCUCUCCGCCCUGCAGGGCCAGGGUGGGCGGGGCGAGGGGGAGGGCGGGACCGAAGGCGAGGGCGGGGUGGAGGAGGAGCCGGGAGGCCACGGCGAAACCGGAGAGGAGGACAGCGAGAGGCACGGCGCUGCUGCCCCCCGCAGCUCUCUCUCUCUGCCAGCAGGGCGGCGCCGUACCAUGUCCAACGCGCGGCGGGCAGCGCAGGCUGCAUCCACGGACACGCAGGCCCCGGAGGCGGAGAAGGCGGUGACGGUGUACGUGACGGUGGGGAGGGCGGGCCGGCCGGCGCGGCCCGAGUCCGGCGGGGAGGGCCCGGUGCAGGCGGUGCUGCGCAGGCUGGGGAGCCUGCAGAAGCGCAGCGAGGAGGGGGGUCACGCUCGCGGGGGCAUCGCCAAACCGCCGCGCAGGAAACUGGGCGCGCGGGUCAGUGCGUGGGAGCAGGCGGCGGCGGGCGGGGCAGCGGACGGGGCGCGGGUGGAGGUGCACAUGCGGAAACCCAGCCGCAGGAAACCGCCCCCCCUCAGCUCGCCCGGCUCCCUGGGUGACUCCGCCUCCUGGCAGGAUGGCGGCUCCCCCCCCAGGAGGCCCCUGUCUUCCAUCCUGAAGAGCGUCCCAGAGAACGCAGCGGCGGGCGCCGAGGCAAGCACGGGGGCCACGGAUGUCACUGCGGCAGCAGGUUGCCGCAGCGGCUCGCAAGUGGAGAGCGGGUACCUCUCUGUGGGAGAUGGAGGGGAGGUCAUCACCAACCAGGGGGUGGUGGCCAGCGCAGACGAGGGGCCGGCGUACGAGAACAUCCUGAUAACGCCCUCCUAAGGACCUGGCUAGGGCACGCUCCACAUCGCAGCUCUGCUUCUGGGGUUCCUCAGCAUCACCACAGAGAAUCAACAGCACCCCAGAUACAGCACGCUACAGACUGGGUUUUUAGCCUUUAUUUUUAAGUGUCUUUUAAACAUGACCUGAUAGGUCAGAAAUUUCACAUCCAAUGCCGUGCCAUUGUCUGAACUACUGUAAUGUGACGUGUGUUAGGAAGUGGAGAUUCUUACAGGAAAUGCUUUCCAUCCUGCCUUGAGGCUGUCUCUCUCUUGCUGUGUGUUUAUUUUGUUUUCGUUGUGGACAUGGCAUUUCUGAAGGGCGGGACGUUGUACUCAUUACCCACGGACUAACUUUUAAACGGCAGCGUUUCCUGGAGGAAGUGGUGUCAUACUCCUUUAAAAACUCAAGAAGUAGACAAAGAAAUGCCCAUAUAAGGACACGUUUCUAAUUGAAAUGCUAAAAAAUACAUUUCAGGUGAGCUUCAGUCUCUGUGGUGCUGUAUUUAUGAAUGUGUGUACACAUGUACACACACACCGUUUCAUGCUCAGAUAUCAUUUGGUAUGUCUGAAAAGGGAAACGCUGUAAGUGGAGAGCAGUAUAUUGAUAUUAUACACUUGAUAUCGUCCCUGCCAUUAUAUAUUCCCUGCUAGAUUAAUAUAGAUACAUGAACACAUUUUGGCAUGUGAGAGACCUUUGUAAUAAAGCACCUGUUUAUUUCUGGCAGUAUAAGCCAUAAAGAAACAAACACUGUCCAUAUAAAACUGUGAAUGUCAUUCAGUGAAGGAGACGCGCACGCACACAGAAAGCAUGUGCACAGAUGUGGCUUAGCUCCAUCAGUGUAAAUGGACUUUUGUGUUUUCUUUCUCCUCCUUUAUGUAGCCCUGUUUUGGAAUACAGUUUUUGCUCGCUGUACACCAGACUCAUCUCACCAAAACAACCUCUGCAUGUGUGCAGACGUGCUGAGGCGAGACCAGCGUAGUCCUAACAAUACACUUGCAGCAGCCAGCAGACAUCAUUCACACUACAGUCGAGCGGGUGCUCAUUGGAGGAUACGUACUACUGAUGUGAUCUGAGCAAUUCAUAUCCCCCCUGAGUCAGUGACGCAAGGAAACCCUGG